AUGGCGGCAUCCAAUAUUCUCAUCUAUCUGCUUCGGCACGAUCUACGCGUCGCGGACAAUCCCAUCCUCCAUCACCUCGCAACCGCCUCUGAUCACGGCUUCACACAUGUUCUCCCCGUCUACGUAUUUCCAGCACACCAGAUCGAAAUCUCUGGUCUACUACGAGAAGGUGGAAAAUCCCCUUACCCUGAAUCUCGCAGCGAGAUUGGAAAGUUUUGGCGGUGUGGACCUCAUCGAACCAGGUUCAUAGCCCAGUCUGUGUGGAAUCUCAAAGAAUCUUUGGAAGGGGUAGGCAGCGGCUUGGCUUUGCGCGCUGGCAUGUUUGGUGAUGUCGUUGGCGACCUCCUCCAAGGCUUUGCGGAUAAGCGCCAGCAGGUCGGCGCCGUUUGGAUGGUCGAAGAGGAGGCAACAGAAGAGAAGAAGGACGAAAAGACCAUUGCCAAGGUCUGUGAGAAGUACGGAGUCCAGUUCAAAACUUGGCUGGAUGAGAAGUACUUUAUUGACGAUCGCGACCUGGGCUUCAAAUCCCCAAGCGAACUUGCAGAUGUCUUCACAGCCUUCAGGAAAACACAGGAGCCGCUACGCGAGAAGCCAAGGCCUACGCUGGCUCGCCCUGCCAAGGGCUCCCUCCCGCCCUACCCCGAGCGAUCCGCCAUUCCUCCUCAGCAAGCCCCAUUCCAAAUCCCAACCACCUACGAUGUCCUAGAAUCUGGACUUCUAAAGCCCUUAACAUGUCCAUUCCGUCAAGAGCCAAACUUCCCUGAGAAGGCCACUUCUGUUCAUCCAUUCCGUGGUGGAGAGGACGUCGGCAUCGAGCGUCUUGACCAUCUCGUCAAGAACGGUUCCAUGUCAAGCUACAAGGACACUCGCAACGGGCUCCUCGGUGUCGACUUUAGCACCAAGCUUUCGGCUUAUCUUUCCCUGGGCUGCUUAACGUCUCGCCAGAUUCAUGAGGCUUUAGUCAAGUUUGAGGACGGACAGGAUGCGAAUUUCAAAGAAACGCCCGGGUACGGCAAAGGGGAAAACGACGGAACCAAAGCUGUUCGAUUCGAACUCCUCUGGCGCGACUACAUGCGCCUGUGCACAAAGAAAUUUAGAGCGCAGCUGUUCCGUGUCACAGGUUUCAAGUCUGAUAAGACUCCUAAGUGGAAGUCGGCAGACCCUGAGCAUGUGGUCUCUGAUGACAACCUCGGCGCAUCGCCUAGCGACAUUCAGAAGACUUUGGACAGAUUCCUAGAGGGAACGACCGGCAUGGGUCUGAUCGACGCCUCGCAGCGCGAACUUUACCACACUGGGUACACUUCUAACAGGGCUCGCCAAAAUGUUGCGUCCUUCUUGACCAAGCAUCUCGGCAUCGACUGGCGGUAUGGAGCGGAGUGGUAUGAGUACCUUCUUGUCGACUACGACGUGAGCUCAAACUGGUCAAACUGGCAGUACGUUGCUGGCGUGGGUAAUGAUCCCCGUGGCGACAACAGAAUUUUCAACCCCGUCAAGCAAGCUUUCGACUAUGAUAAGGACGGAGAGUAUGUUAAAGCUUGGGUUGUCGAAACUCGCAACGUGGGAAAAUUGGAAAACGUGUUCCAGCUUUGGACCACGCCUGCGGAUGAGUUGGACCAUCUUGGCCUGAGCAACAACAUCAUGAUUACAGACCCAAUCAAGAAGAUCGACUUCUCCGUUGAAGGGAAGCCUAAGACUGGCAGAAGGCAGUAUAACAAUCGCCGACGGGGGCGAGGCAAUUCCAACCAAAGUAACGGCUCUAAUGGCGGUCCGUCACGAGGACCGCCUCCCGGGCCAGGAAGCUCCAACGGCGGCUAUGGUCCGUCUAACGGCGCUGCUUCGGAUCAUGGUUCAACAGGCAACUCUUCAUCAAGGUCCCCUCCUAAUGGUCCCCAGGGGUAUCGCACGAGUGGUGGGUACCGCGGUGACUUCCGCGGUGACUUCCGCGGCGGCUAUCGUGGCGGACGUGGUGGUCGAGGUGGAGGCGGCGGUAGCAGCGGCGGUGGAGGAGGGUACCGCGGGGGACGAGGAGCAUUCGGCGGUAGGGGUGGGGGUUUCAAUUCAUACUACGUGCCCAACACCCACCCUAAUAACCAGCCGCGGCCGCAAUGGACAGCCGCAACAUCUGGCCCUCAGUCAUAG